ACCAAAGCAGUCGUACCCCUCCGUCAGCGAAUAGUAUUUUCUAUCUUUCUCGCGUUCUGUGCUCAUACUGUCUCAAAGUGUCAAAAAUUGAGGUUAGGUGUGUCGAAAACGUAAACUCAACGCCCUCGUCUAAAAACAAUACGACCUCGGAAACAUGGUGUAUGUCAGGAGCGACGGAACGGUGACGGAAAAUCCACCACUCCAUACGAGACUCGUUAGCUUCGUAUUCGGCAUAUUCUCCUUUGUGAUAUUCUUCUUUAAGUCGUUGCUCGGAAUGGAUACCAGUUCGUCAAAAGCGAGUACAAGUAGCGGUUCUUCGUUUGGAGGCGGUGGAGGCAGCGGCGGACCUUUUGGGCCCGGCAAGGGCGGCGGUGGCCCUAGAUUUAGGAGUAUGAGCGAUAUCAACAAACCGACCGUCAGAGGAGUGGGUGGGUGCCCAGGCGGAAGUUGUGGGAUGUAAUAUUUAAUGUUUCUUUUAUCUCUGGAUUUGGAAUAGGUUAUUUUGUACAAAUAAAUCCGUGUAU